UACCGCCAAAUCAUCAACAAGCUUUUACAUAUAUUGUACCCAUCACAACACAGACACAAACCUCUGUGUGAGAUAUAUGCUUUGUAAUUUAAGGUGAGGUAAAGAUGUCGGAUAUGAAAGACGCACUCCUGCUGGGAUCAGAAGGAAUUAAGAAAACCAUCCUGCAUGGAGGGAGUGGAGACAUUCCAAAGUUUGUCACAGGAGUGAAGGUGACCUUCCACUUCCGCACGCAGCUGUGUGACGACGAGCGCACGGUGAUAGAUGACAGCAAAGCGGUUGGAACACCCAUGGAGAUAGUGAUUGGCAACAUGUUUAAGCUGGACAUCUGGGAGACCCUGUUGUCCUCUAUGAGGAUCGGUGAAGUGGCGGAGUUCUGGUGUGACACCGUUCACACUGGUGUCUAUCCACUGGUGUCCAAAAGCAUGCGACGCAUCGCUGAGGGCAAAGACCCAGUCGACUGGCACAUCCAUACAUGCGGCAUGGCCAACAUGUUUGCCUACCACAGCCUUGGCUAUGAAGACCUGGAUGAGCUGAUGAAGGAACCGAAGCCGCUCUACUUCGUCCUGGAGCUGCUCAAGGUGCAGCAGCCCAGAGAGUACGACAGGGAGACGUGGGCUCUGAGUGAUGAGGAGAGGCUGAAGGCCGUUCCUGUGCUGCACGGCCAGGGAAACAAACUCUACAAACAGGGACGUUACCAAGAAGCCACACAGAAAUACAAGGAGGCCAUCAUCUGCAUUAAAAAUGUUCAGACCAAGGAGAAAGCAUGGGAUGUCCCAUGGAUGAAGCUGGAGAAGAUGGCCAACACUUUAACACUUAACUACUGCCAAUGUUUGCUCCGCAUGGAGGAGUACUACGAGGUCAUUGAGCACACAACCGACAUUAUCAAUCAGCACCCAGGCAUAGUUAAGGCCUACUACCUGCGAGGGAAGGCCCACGUGGAGGUGUGGAACGAGGCGGAGGCCCGGCAGGAUUUCAGCAGGGUGCUGGACCUGAACCCGGGCAUGAAAAAGGCUGUUAAGAAGGAACUGGCCAUACUUAACAUGCGUAUGGAAGAGAAGAACAAAGAAGACAAGCUCAAAUACAAAGGCAUGUUUUGACCUGAUGAGACUGAGAGCUGAUCGACUAAAGAAGAAUUCAGCUGUUAAAUAUCAAACCUCUGCACAGGAUACUCACCUACAUGAGAGUAUCUGAUAAAAUGAUCCAUCUUAUAAACUGCAAGGUUGUAUCAAACUCCAAAUUAUAGCUGACAACGUGUGUAAAAAUGAAACGAAGAACUUUUCACUGUUAAAACCUGACUUAUUGUGGUUUAUAUGUUGUGGAUGUGCAUUAUGAUUAAAUUGUAAUUAAUAUUUGUUUGUAUUUUGACUCCAUUAUUAAGCAUGGCCAAAAUAUGUACCCAAAUGCUAUAAGUCAGAUUAAAGUCUGAAAGUCUG